AGGUAAUACUCAUGCAUAGCUAUCCCCCCAUCCUUAGGGUUGAUUUACCUCUCGACCACCCCUCCAACAAAUUCUUGGCAUAAAAUCCCCUUCGGCCAGAAGACUACAUAUUCUACAUGACUUUGAACGCUAAUGUCUAUGGCACUGUGCUUAUCUUUUUUAUGACAUUCCAUGCCAAGAUAUUCUUCCUAGUGUGGCACCUCUGGACCCCCGAAUUCAAAACCCCAGCCUCCUUAUCUCCUGCGACAGAUGGGCCAAACGCAGACAACCUCUCAAAGAAAAUACCCGCAGCAUUGUACGGCCCCAAAAAUGCCAAGGAAUUUAAAAAUGAUUGGUGGUGCUGGUGAGGCCGGAUGCGAGGCUUAAGCUUUAGAAAGGCCUCUAUGCAGAGAUCAGGAAGGGAUUGGCGCGCUGGUGUGGUACGGGAAGUUGGUAUCGUCUGGAAGACCCCACAUGCAAUACCGAUUGGGCUUCACUUUACUAGCAUAUCCUCGUAUCACGCGAUAAAUCACCGUUAAGUCACUAGCUAACGGAUAUGACUCUCAACCCCUAUUUAAUAUGCCUUCAGGUGAACGCCAACUCACUGUUAUGGUUGGCAGGUGCGUAUCACGGCCAGGGUAUGCCCGCGAAAUUCCUGCACGCUUUUCGGCAUCUGACAACCAGGCCAAACACAAUCUACAUUUGUACGACCAAGACCGCUGGCAUCGUUAUCAAGGCUGUAUCUCCUAGAUAAGCUUAC